CGAGCGGCAGCCGGCGGCCGCGGGAGCCGCGGGGAGCGCGGGGGCGGCCCGGAGCGCCCGGGGUCCCCGCGCCCCGCUCGCCCGCCGCGCUCCGAAGAUGGUGGCGGCGCCGUGCGCCCGGAGGCUGGCCCGGCGCUCGCACUCGGCGCUGCUCGCGGCGCUCACGGUGCUGCUGCUGCAGACGCUGGUCGUGUGGAAUUUCAGCAGCCUCGACUCCGGGGCCGGGGAGCGCCGCGGGGGCGCAGCGGCCGGCGGCGCGGAGCAGCCGCCCCCGGCCCCGGCCCCGCGCCGGGAGCGGCGGGACCUGCCCGCCGGGCCGGCCGCAGCCCGAGGCGGCGGCGGCGGAGGACGGGAGCCCCCGGCGCGGGCGCGGGGAGGCGGCCCCGGAGAGCCCCGGGCGCAGCAGCGGGCCAGCCGCGGGGCACUGCCCGCGCGGGCGCUGGACCCUCAUCCAAGUCCACCGAUCACCCUGGAGAGCCAGGAUGGCUACUUUUCUCACCGGCCAAAAGAGAAGGUGCGAACAGACAGCAACAAUGAGAACUCGGUCCCCAAAGACUUUGAGAAUGUGGACAACAGCAACUUUGCACCCAGGACUCAAAAGCAAAAGCACCAGCCUGAGCUGGCAAAGAAGGCCCCGAGCAGACAGAAGGAGCUCUUGAAAAGGAAGCUGGAGGAGGAGAAGGGGAAGGGGCAUCCAUUUGCGGGCAAGGGCACCAGUGAGGUGCUGCCCCCUGAGGAGAAGGCCACGGCCAACGGCAGCCGCGGGAAGGAUGUCCCGAAACAGCCCCACGGCCGCAAAAGUGGGGGCAGCUCCCCUGAGAUCAAGUAUGACCAGCCCCCCAAGUGUGAUAUCUCGGGCAAGGAGGCCAUCUCCGCCCUGUCCCGCGCCAAGUCCAAGCACUGCCGCCAGGAGAUCGGCGAGACCUACUGCCGCCACAAGCUGGGGCUGCUGAUGCCCAAGAAGGUGACUCGGUUCUGCCCCCUGGAAGGCAAAGCCAACAAGAACGUUCAGUGGGACGAGGAUUCGGUGGAGUACAUGCUGGCCAACCCAGUGAGAAUCGCCUUCGUCCUGGUCGUCCACGGCCGUGCCUCUCGGCAGCUGCAGCGCAUGUUCAAGGCCAUUUACCACAAAGACCAUUUCUACUACAUCCACGUGGACAAGCGCUCGAAUUAUCUGCAUCGGCAAGUGCUCCGGUUCUCCAGACAGUAUGACAACGUUCGUGUCACCCCCUGGAGGAUGGCCACCAUCUGGGGCGGAGCCAGCCUCCUGACCACGUAUCUGCAGAGCAUGCGGGACCUCCUGGAGAUGACCGACUGGCCCUGGGACUUCUUCAUCAACCUCAGCGCAGCCGACUACCCCAUCAGGACAAAUGACCAGUUGGUGGCAUUUCUCUCCCGAUACCGAGAGAUGAAUUUCCUGAAGUCACACGGCCGGGACAAUGCAAGGUUCAUCCGAAAACAGGGUCUGGACCGACUCUUCCUGGAGUGUGAUGCCCACAUGUGGCGCCUGGGGGACCGGCGAAUCCCAGAGGGCAUUGCUGUGGAUGGAGGCUCGGACUGGUUCUUGCUGAACCGGAAGUUUGUGGAGUAUGUGACAUUCUCCACAGAUGAUCUGGUGACCAAAAUGAAGCAGUUUUACUCCUACACCCUGCUUCCUGCUGAGUCCUUCUUCCACACGGUGCUGGAGAACAGCCCCCACUGCGACACGAUGGUGGACAACAACCUGCGCAUCACCAACUGGAACCGCAAGCUGGGCUGCAAGUGCCAGUACAAGCACAUCGUGGACUGGUGCGGCUGCUCCCCCAACGACUUCAAGCCGCAGGACUUCCACCGUUUUCAGCAGACAGCCAGGCCCACCUUCUUCGCCCGGAAAUUCGAAGCCGUGGUGAAUCAGGAAAUCAUCGGGCAGCUGGACUAUUACCUGUACGGGAACUACCCUGCGGGCACCCCGGGGCUCCGCUCCUACUGGGAGAACGUGUACGAUGAGCCAGAUGGCACCCACAGCCUGAGCGACGUGGCGCUCACCUUGUAUCACUCCUUCGCCCGCCUGGGCCUCCGGCGCGCCGAGUCGUCGCUGCACGUGGAUGGGGAGAACAGCUGCCGGUACUACCCAAUGGGCCACCCAGCCUCCGUCCACCUCUACUUCCUUGCUGACCGCUUCCAGGGCUUUCUGAUCAAGCAUCACGCGACCAAUCUGGCCGUGAGCAAACUCGAGACCCUGGAGACGUGGGUGAUGCCAAAGAAAGUCUUCAAGAUUGCAAGUCCACCCAGUGACUUCAGGAGGCUCCAGUUUUCUGAGGUCGGCACCGACUGGGAUGCCAAGGAGCGGCUCUUUCGCAACUUUGGGGGUCUCCUGGGGCCCAUGGAUGAGCCGGUGGGCAUGCAGAAAUGGGGGAAGGGCCCCAAUGUCACUGUGACUGUCAUCUGGGUGGAUCCUGUCAACAUCAUCGCAGCCACCUACGACAUCCUGAUUGAAUCCACUGCCGAAUUCACUCACUACAAGCCCCCUUUGAACUUGCCCCUGCGGCCUGGGGUCUGGACAGUGAAAAUCCUUCACCACUGGGUGCCAGUUGCAGAGACCAAAUUCCUCGUUGCACCUCUGACCUUCUCAAAUAGGCAGCCCAUCAAACCAGAGGCGGCCCUGAAGCUGCACAGCGGGCCCCUGCGCAACGCCUACAUGGAGCAGAGCUUCCAGAGCCUGAACCCCGUCCUCAGUCUGCCCAUCAGCCCUGCCCAGGUGGAGCAGGCGCGGAGGAACGCGGCCGCGACCGGCGCAGGCCUGGAGCGCUGGCUGGACUCGCUGGUAGGUGGGAUGUGGGCCGCGGUGGACGUCUGCGCCGCGGGCCCCACGGCCUGCCCUGUCAUGCAGACCUGCAGUCACACGGCCUGGAGCUCCUUCAGCCCUGACCCCAAGUCCGAGCUGGGCGCGGUCAAACCCGACGGCCGGCUCAGGUAGCACUGGGCACGCGUGAGCCACAGCAGAUCUCAAAGGGAAAGCAGCCAGAGAGCCGGCGGCGCCUGGACCCUGGCCUCCCACCCCCCAAGGGGGGUGUCUUUCGUGCGAGGGGCUCUCCUGGCUACAGAAUGAUGGAGAAGGCAGGUGUGGCGACAACCUGCACUGGGCAAGCUGGGGGCGAGGACUGCUUGGUGCCCGCCCCACGGCGGUCUUACCUCUUUGGGUUCAUCUUCAAAACCUACAGGCUCCUUGUCGUCCCUUCCGAUGGCCCCGUCCCCAGACAAGUGAUUCUCAAACUUUUAUUUCGAGCAGCAGACUUCUGUUGAUGAAGCGCAGUUGGAGGCAGGAAGUGCAAGGUGGGGUUGAAAUCCAGGCUGCUCCGGUUGAA